CUGAUGUGUCAUUAAAGUAAAUGUCAUUGACUGACAUAGCCACCUCGUUAUUUUCCGUCUAUUCUGCUUACGACGUCCAUAUUUAACAACGUGUGUGGUGUUUAAUGUGUUUUCUGUUGUAAAUUUAAACUGAUCGUUGAAAAUGAAUGCAGAAAAUCAACAGAGAUUCGAAUCAAUGUUGAAUGAUUUGAAUUCAACGCAAAAAGAGUCCGUAUUAUCCGACGAUAAUACUUUACAAAUUUUAGCCGGUCCGGGUUCGGGAAAAACGAAAGUGUUGACAUGCCGUGUGGCAUAUUUCGUGAUCAAAAAGCAAAUUCAACCGAGAAACAUCGUGGUGGUAACGUUCACGAAUAAAGCGGCUGCUGAGAUGAAAAAACGUUUGGAAGGUCUGAUUGGGGCGAAGCAGACAGAAGAACUCAUGAUCGGCACUUUUCACGCUAUUUGUUGUCGCAUAUUGCGUCAGCAUGCUAGCAGUGUUCAGCUGGAUUCAAACUUUACUAUGGCUGAUAACGAUAUGAGCAAGCAAAUACUAGCACGACUCCGUAAAGAUCGCACUGUCAACAUCAAUGAGUUCACGCGAAAGACUAUGCAACUCGGUGCAAUUUGGGGCUUGAUCAGCAAAGCCAAAAAUAAGGGUGAAACGUGCGCCGUUUACGCGAAACUAUACGGGAAGGACUUCAAAACGAAAGACAUUGCCACGCUGUACGUAGCGUACGAAAGAGAGCUAAAGAAGCUCAAUCUGGUGGAUUUCGACAAUCUCCUGAUCAAAGCAUGUGAACUUUUGCAACAGAAACGUUUCGUUUUGUCGCACAUUAAAGCAAUUCUGGUCGAUGAGUAUCAGGAUACGAAUAUCGUGCAAUACAAUCUGAUCAAAUUGAUGUUCAGCCAAGAUAACCGAAAAUGUCUUACGAUUGUGGGCGACCCCGAUCAAUCCAUUUAUGGAUUUCGCAGUGCAGAGCCACAAAAUUUCAUCAAAAUGCAGAAGGAAUAUUCCAACACCGGCGUCAUUAAUAUGGAGCAAAAUUACCGAAGCACAAGCACAAUUUUGAAUGCAGCUCUCCACGUCAUAUCCCAUGACAAGAGUCGGAUUGAAAAAUCGCUGCAUACGGAUAACCCCAUUGGUAAGCCGAUUCUGAAAAUCCAAACUUCCGACGAAUCAGCUCAAGCUCAAUUCGUUGCCAUGGAGAUUAAGAAAAUAAUUGACGGUUCCAAGGGAAUGGUUGGCUACAAAGAUUUCGCAGUGCUAAUGCGAAUGAACGCAACGUCACAACAAUUUGAACAAUGUUUCCGAGCGAACAAGAUUCCAUUUACGAUCGUUGGAGGUGACCGUUUCUUUAACCGCGUGGAAGUUAAGGACAUACUUGCAUACAUACGGUUUGCCUAUAAUCCUAAGGAUACUCAAAGUUUCACCCGAAUAAUCAACGUCCCCAAAAGAGGAGUGGGUGACGUAAAUCUGCAAAAAAUAAUUGCCAAAAACGACACAGACGGAACCGAUCUGCUGGAUACGAUUCUGGAUAUUGGGAUGGGUAACGCGAGAACUUUCAAUCGCUUCAUCAAAGAGUCCAUGCUCGAGCUGGGCAGCAUAAUACAGAGAACAAAGACAAUGAUCGACAAUGAUGAGAGCAUCCCCGACAUUAUAAAAUACAUCCUGGGAGCGACCAAAUACUUCGCAUACCUGCAACAGAACUACUUUGCCGAUCAUGAGGCUAGAUGGGGAAAUGUCGGCGAGUUAAUAUCCAUUGCACAGCAGUCGCGGUUAAACGAAAGUGAUGUAAUCGACAUUAGCUCGGACGAUAGUGAUGAUGAUGGCGCUUCAACGUCAACGAUUAAACGUGAGGACGACACCACCGGAACCGAGUCGACUGCUCGAAGUGCGAAAUUUGCGGAUUUCAUUGUGAAAUCUGCCGAUACAGGAACUGAAUCUGUGCCAAAACUCACCGUGUCCGAGUUUCUCGAGUACUGCGAUUUGUGCUCCGAUCAAAAAGAAUUGGAAGACGCUGAGGGUGGCAAAGUCGUAAUUGCAACAUUGCAUGCGUCGAAAGGCUUAGAAUGGCCGUGCGUAUUUAUAGCUACCUGCAAUGAAGACGUGAUUCCACACAAAAUGUCUGACUCCGUUGAUGAAGAAUGCCGUUUACUAUAUGUUGGCAUGACCAGAUCAAAGUUUCUGCUAUACUGUCUAUCACCCAGAGAGCGCAUCAGCUGGGGUGGAACAGUUCAAGAGCCGCCAUCGCAUUUUUUGAAUAACAUGGAUAAGUCGCUGUUCAAUCGGAAGCCGCACGAAUGGGAUAAUAGUAUGCGUCUCAUGCUAGGCAAAACGAUUGGAAGAGAAGUCGUUGACGAGACAUUUUCUGAACUGCCGAAAAAGCGACCAAGUGACGGUGAUAUUGAUCCAAUCGACUCGAAGAAGCAACGAUGCGAGUAAUUUUUGCAAAGUCGUCACACCUGCACAUUCAUUUUACCAGUUUUAUCUUUAAGAAAAGUUAAUUGUCCACACCCUGUGUGAACAGAAAUGUAUUUUCAGUCGAACUGUGUUGCAUGUAUAUUGAUUGUUCAUUGGAAAUGAAUUAAAGAAUUUACCAAGCGCAUAAAUGCGCGACUUGAA